GUUAUGCCCCUACUCUUCAACCUCUUUGGGAUUAAGUUUAUAUGUUGGGGGAAGUUUUGAACCGGCCAAAUAUAAAUAAAUAUUAUAGCAGAUAUUGGUUGAUAUCGGGAAUAUUUUUUUCAGGCGAAAAACAUUGGUAAUCGUUUUAAUAUGUCUGAAAUUAGAGUUAUUCCGUUAGGAGCAGGUCAGGAUGUUGGAAGAAGUUGUAUUAUAGUUCAAAUAGGUGGCAAGAAUAUAAUGCUAGACUGUGGUAUGCAUAUGGGCUACAAUGAUGAACGAAGGUUUCCAGAUCUUAGUUUCAUUGUAGCUGAAGGUCCCCUUACAAGUUUUAUAGAUUGCGUCAUAAUUUCUCAUUUUCAUUUGGAUCACUGUGGUGCAUUGCCUUAUCUUACUGAAAUGGUUGGAUACUCAGGACCAAUUUACAUGACACAUCCUACAAAAGCUAUAGCUCCUAUCCUGCUUGAGGAUAUGCGAAGAAUAGCUGUGGAAAAAAAAGGUGAUGGCAAUUUCUUUACUUCACAAAUGAUUAAAGAUUGUAUGAAGAAGGUAACUGCUGUGACUUUACAUCAGUCUUUGAUGGUAGACAAUCAGUUAGAAAUUAAAGCUUAUUAUGCUGGUCAUGUAUUAGGUGCAGCAAUGUUCAAAAUCACUGUUGGUUCUCAGUCUGUAGUUUAUACUGGUGACUAUAAUAUGACACCAGAUAGACAUUUGGGGGCAGCUUGGAUUGAUAAAUGCCGACCUGAUCUUUUAAUUACAGAAUCGACCUAUGCAACUACAAUAAGAGAUUCAAAAAGGUGCAGGGAGAGAGAUUUUUUGAAAAAGGUCACAGAAUGUAUAGAUAGAGGAGGAAAAGUUUUAAUUCCUGUAUUUGCAUUAGGUCGUGCUCAAGAAUUGUGUAUUUUACUUGACACUCAUUGGGAAAGAAUGAAUUUAAAAACACCAGUGUAUUUUGCAGUAGGUCUCACUGAGAAAGCUAAUAAUUAUUAUAAAAUGUUCAUUACUUGGACUAACCAGAAUGUAAAGAAAACAUUUGUCCAAAGAAAUAUGUUUGAUUUUAAACAUAUUAAACCUUUCGAUAAAUCUUACAUCGACAAUCCAGGUGCUAUGGUUGUUUUAGCACCUCCAGGAAUGCUUCAUGCUGGGCUUUCAUUGCAGAUAUUCAAGAAAUGGGCCCCAAAUGAAAGUAAUAUGGUCAUUAUGCCAGGGUUUUGUGUUGUUGGAACUGUAGGCCAUAAAAUUCUUAAUGGGGCCAAGCAAAUUGAAUUUGAAAGUAGGCAAACUGUUGAAGUUAAAAUGAGUGUCGAGUAUAUGUCAUUUUCAGCUCAUGCAGAUGCUAAAGGAAUAAUGCAGUUGAUUCAGUACUGUGAACCUAAAAAUGUUCUUUUGGUUCAUGGAGAAGCUGAAAAAAUGGAAUUUUUAAAAGAAAAGAUUAAGCAAGAAUUUGAUUUAGAUUGUUACAUGCCUGCAAAUGGAGAAACAUGUACAAUUACCACACCUUAUCGAAUCCCUAUUGAUGUAUCAUUAUCUUUACUAAAAGCAGAAAAUUCAAAAUACAAUGCCCAACCUCCAAAUCCUAAAAAUGCACGUGUAAUUCAUGGAGUUUUAGUAGUCAAAGAUUCAUCUCUGUGCCUAAUGGAUGUAGAUGAAGCUUGUAAAGAAGCAGGAAUCAAUCGUCAUAUUAUCAGGUUUACUUCAACUGUGCGGUUAGAAGAUCCAAGUCCACCAUCAAAAACUGCAGAAAAGCUUUAUAAAUUAUUUAAGGAAAAACUAGUUGGUUGGAAUGUUGGUCUGACUGAUGGUUCAAUAUCCAUUGAAUCUGUUCUUGUAAAGGUUGAAGGAAGUGAAGACGAACAGAAAAAUGUUUAUGUUUCCUGGACUAAUCAAGAUGAAGAACUUGGAAGUUCCAUUUUAGAAAUUCUUCAAUCAAUGGGACAUGUAUCAUGAAUCCUUUAAUUUAAAAUUGAGUACCUAAAUCUGUGAUGAUUUGUAAGAUAUUGUAAAGAAAAUAAUGUAUAUUUUAUGGACAGCUGUUCAUCUGUAAUUAUUUUGGUUAAGGUCAUGUUACUUUAAAUGCUAAGGCUUCUGGGGCUGAUAACUGUAAUAUUUUUUUAUCCCAAAUAUCAUUAAGGAAUGACUGAAUCAUUAGUUAAUUAAUUUUAAAUUAAUUAAAAAAAUAUCAGAAAAUUGGAUUUAGGUUCCUGAAUCGGUACUCUGUAAUUUUCACAACCCAUGAAAAGUGUCAUCAGAGGUUCCCUUCUAUUCCAAAAAAAGAGAAUAAACCUAUGAUUUAUCUAAAAUGCUAUUUAGACUAUUUCAUUCCUCUUUAUCACGCUAUACGUGAAGUCACUCCUCCUUCUUGUUAUUGAGUGUUGCAUUUAAAACUUUAUUCAAUUCAACUAAAGGCCCAAGCGUAGGAUUGGAUUAGUUGUAUUAAGAAUAACAGCCUGUAUCCUGAAAUAUGAGCUUUAGGUUAUCCGAAUAAUAUGAAAUAUGAUUAUUAGAUUGUCAGAUGUUAUAGGUCAGAGGUUCUCCUCUGCAAUAAUAUUUAAGGUCAAAAUUUUCAAUUUUGUGAAUAAGCAUUCUAAAAAUUAAAUUAGGGCACAAUGAAAAUAAAAAUAUUUUUUUAUUUUUACUUUGUUGUUUCUUUGACUGAACACUCCAACUAACUUCUCAUCAAUAUAUUUACGACAGUAAACUAUCAAUCCACUAACUAAAAAUGAAUAAUAUUUUAUUUUAUUUUAACAAAAUUGAAAUUUAAUAAUUUCUGAAAAAAAUAAAUUGAAUUUGGCUUAUAUAUAUUGUACAAUAAUGGGUAAAGAUUCUGUUAUACCACUUAAGUUAUAAAUGUAUGGCAAACAUUUUUUAGUCCUAGUAAGUAUGCCUUGAACAUUUUUUAGUUCAACAAGGGUGCUGUGAAAAAUGCUUGAAAACCAUUGGUAUAAUUUUUAAUUUAUGCCAUUUGUUUUUUAUUUUGUUAAUUAAAUGGAUUUUUUAAAAGAAUUUGGUUGAUUUUUAAGUUGUUUUGCUACAUAGGGUCAUCAAUUUGACUAGUUCUCCCAUGCUCAAAUUAAGCUGUCAUCUCCCAUUUUCUCAACUUUCUCUGGUCAUACAAUAACCCUUUAAAAUAGCACACGAACAUACCAAUUCAACAUAGACAGAUUGAGCAACAAACUGAUGGUGGCUGGCCAACCACAUUCAUAAGACUUAUAUUUUAUCAUAGUAAGAAUGAUAAAAUUCAUUUAGCAAUCUAGUCACUAAAUUAAAUUUUUUACUGGUGAAAAAACAAAACAGAUAUUCAUGUAAUCAAUGAGGAUGGGCAUACUAAAUAUGUAAUACAUCUUAAUCCAGAGGAAUAGGUGGUUAGUUUUCAUCAGGAUUUUUAGAGGAUUAUUCCUGAGUAGAAAAAGAAGUUAAACAAGGGUGUUUACUAAAAUAUUUUUAUGAAAUUCUCUAAUUUUUCAGGCAAUUUACUAAUUUAUCCCAUACUAAUUGUAUAAAUUAAAUAGAAAUGGCCAAAGUUCUUUUGGUUGUUUACAUUUUUUGUGUCUAUAUUAGUUUUGCAAGAUAUCUAAUUGCAAUUUUAAAGGUUCAGUAUUAUACAACAAAAAUAUGUAAAAUUACCAAAUAAGUAAACUGAAAUAUGUGAUUUAUUGAAGCUAAGUUACCACAAGUUUGUCAAUAAGUUUAGUAAGUUUUUAAAAAUGUUGAUUAUUAGAUAUAGAAG